CCCCUUCGCGGUCGCAGUUAUAUAUCUUGGGUCGUAUGUGUAUUGUGCUGCGUGACUUUCAACAGCUGAAGAGAGCUGUCGAAUAACAUUUUUUGCUACGUUUUCAUGGCAUAAAAAGGUCGCAUCUUAUUUAAGAUCUUUUAACAUGAACUUCAUCAGACCCUACAAUGCCCUUGGCACGACCAUAGGUCAAUGGUGCAGACAGAUGGGGGGACGGAGCAGAGCUCUGGCUGAGCUGGGGGGACAGAGGAGGAUGUGCAGUAAACCUCAGACGGGAAACCCAGAACCUCCGCCUGCAACACCUGCAGUCCCAGCACAUGAUCCCCGUCCAGCCUUUAAAGUCCCUGGCUACAGACCCUCUCCCAUGGACCAGAGGAUCCUGGUCUGGUCUGGACGCUUCAAGACCCCUGACCAGAUCCCAGAGCUAGUGUCGUUUGAGAUGCUAGAUGCAGCCAGGAACAGGUUGAGAGUGAAAGCGUGUUACGCGAUGAUUAUUGCCACCAUUGCAGCCUGCCUGUUAACUGUCAUCCUGGGGAAGAGGGCUGCCGGCAGGCAUGAGUCUCUAACAGCUCAGAACAUGGAAAAGAAAGCAAGAUGGAGACAGGAGGCCAAGAUGGAGAGGGAGGAGGCUGCUGCUGUUGAGAAGACUUCUUGAGGAAGACACCCUCCUGUGUCACUCUGGAAAAGCUCCCGCACUUGACUCUUCCUGUCUGUCACAAUCGGUAGAGAGAGGACUCCUCAUGGAUAAAACCCAUUUUAGCAUGGACAUUGCCAUAGAGGGCUUAAACCAUUUUAAAGUAGUCAACUGAGUGGAGAGCAAUUGGCCAAUAAGAAAAUGUACUACUUUAAAAUGGAUAUGGCCUCAAUGGCACUGCUCAUUCUGUCACAUACGCUAUAAUGGUACAGAUACAAAGAUGAGUCCUCUAUCUACCUCUAUGGUCACACUAAGAACUCCCCGACUGGACCAACAGUGGUUCUGCAGCUGCUGUACCCAGCUACUCAACCUCGAUCUCUAGUACCAUAGGACUAUUUCCUCCAAUCAGUAAUUAGGAUUUCAGUAUAGUAGUUAACAGCCCAUAUUGCUCACAGCUGUAGUUCUUUUAUAUGUCUGGUUCUUUUUGUUUUCUUAAGAUAACCUCCAACCGAAAAAGUUAUUUUCCUUUUAAAUUAAUGGAUUAAAUAUCAAAAUGUCUCAUUUAA